AUAUGAGUUGUUGAAGCAGGAAGUGAAGUUUAUUCUUGAUUAUAGAGAGCAUGGAAUCAUCAGUGGAUCAGACAGGGGAUGGAGUCCCAUACACCAGGAGUAACCCUCUGUUUGGCAUGUCACUCAGCACCACUGAUCUCUUCAGCUUCCAGUCUGACGAUGUGAAGCCGGCAAAGCCCACAAGACGCUGGUGUUUUAAUGUGAUUGUUGUUGUCAUCAUCUUGCAGUCGGCCCUUAUUGCCUUUCUCAUGUAUAAAGUUAUCACGAUGCAGACUUCAUUGUCUAAUCCCAAAUUCAAUAAGCUGAUAUCCAACCCCCUCCCUCUGGGUGAUGACCACAUUCAAACUCUCGUCUUCAACAACAGUCAAGAAACCAAGACGCUGAAGGGCCAUCUGCAGGCCCUGAAGAGCCAGGUCAAUAGUCUGUUUGGAGACGUAGGUCUGUUGGGCAGGCUGCAGGCUGACAUACACCUUCUUAAUACCAGCACACACAAACUGGAAGGCCAACUGACGAACAUCAGUCUCGUAUCAGGACCUCCUGGUAUUCCUGGUACAGAUGGGCAAACAGGCACACCAGGACAGAGGGGGUUUAAAGGUGACACUGGUGUUGCUGGCCCUCAAGGAUUGAAGGGUGAAAUGGGUCUCAAAGGAGAACCUGGGGAACGAGGAGUUGCAGGACCAAAGGGUUCGCCUGGGCCCCCAGGGCCCCCUGGGAAUCAAGGACCCGCUGCAAAAGGAGAGAAGGGAGAACCCGGGGGUCAAGGUUUAGCUGGACCGCCUGGAACUGAAGGUAGUCUCGGACCACAAGGUCCAAAAGGAGACAAGGGGGACCAAGGAAGUUCACCAGAGGUGACAGUGCGUCUUGUGCCGGGGAGAGCCCAAGGACGAGUAGAGGUGAAGCACAAUGGCGUCUGGGGCACCGUGUGUGAUGACGGGUUUGAUACUCUGGAUGGAAAAGUGAUCUGUAAGAUGCUGGGCUUCCAAAGGGCCCUUUCGACCUUCACUGCCAGCCCGGGGUCUGGGAGGAUCUGGCUGGAUGACCUGAAAUGUUUAGGAACAGAGUCUGACAUCUUUAGCUGCGCGCAUGGAGGGGUUGGGGUAAACAACUGCCAUCACAAUGAGGAUGCUGGAGUGUACUGUGUCUAGACUGACACACACAAGACCAACAAGAAAAUGUGUUUCAACUGUUGUACUGGCGGAGAUAAGAAACACACAUACACACAUAAAUCAAUAUAUAUACAUGCACACGUCAUACAUUAACACUGCUCACCGACAAUAUAAGUAGACAACAGUGCCUCUACUAAUUGAUUUUUACAGCUUGAUACAGCUUACAUAUUCAUAAAACAUAGCAAAAAUGUGCAUUCUGUUCUAAGUUAAAGCCAUUAGACUAAAUGACAGUCUUUUGUAUUCACAAAAGUAUACUAAUACAAUUUUACAUGAAAUUCCUCCACUAAUAUUUCUCAAAUGAGGCUGCGUUGCGACUUUGUCAGAGUGUGUUUUUUAAUCCACAUCCUCCUCAUUAGACCUUCGUGUUCCAUCACUUUUCAUUCAUCAUGCAACAACACACAUGCUUUUUUAAAGAUUAAACCAUUUUUUGUAACGAUUAUAAAAUACUUUUGUGAUCUGCUGUUUUGUGGAAUAGCUGAUAGAUGGGAACCAGAGCAAAGGGAACUUACUGGUGUACUGCCUUGUUUGCUGCAAGGCAAUGAAAUGCCUCAUGAACAUAAGAAGAAUGGUUUUUAAAAUGGUGGUUGCAAUUAGGUAAACGGCAUCUAUAGCUGAUUUCCGUAAGCCACUCGGCAGGAGAAGAUCCUGUUCCUAACUCGCUAACACAGAGAUUCCACGUCUUUCGUCUCUUUGGGUGAAGUUCCCGUUCAUUCGUUUUUCACACUUUAUAAAACACAACUGUAUACGCUUUGCUUCCUGAUUCACAGCGUCUGGACUAGCUCACCCAUGCAUCAUUACCCGUGUCAAUUGCACUUGUGCUCCCAUAUGUAGACUCCCUGUCACACUAAUACACACCGCUACCCGUGACCAACCUGAGAUUGGCUCCCAAUACCAUGUUGUACACAAUCAUCACAAACGGCUCCUCACUUAUGUCGCUGUUUUUAGCAUCAAACAGAUGAGAACCUGCAAACUUGAAAUCCUUUGAUAUGUUGUGCAUCUGGUAGGAGCAUUUGUGGUUAUUAGCAGGAAUAAAAACUGUUUAUUGGCGGA